CGACCAAAGGUUCGGGUCUGAGUGUGAACUUGUAUGCGGUUCUGCGAUAGCUGAUGAUUCUUCUUGCAGCGAUAACAAGUUUUGCCUUCCAGGUCCAAGUGAAUGCAGGUGCAUAGCUGGCUACGCAGGAGCAUUCUGUAAUGAAACAUGCCGCGAUGGGGAGUUUGGCUCUGACUGUCUCCAGGAUUGUCACUGUAUAAAUGGAAUGCCGUGUGAUGUGUUUACUGGAAGAUGUGAAGAGGGCUGUGAGUCGGGAUGGUCAGGAGAAGGCUGUCAAGUGCCAUCCGUUUGCCCAGUGGGUUAUUUUGGUAUCAACUGCACUGACCAUUGCAACUGUCCAGAUAAUGUUGGUUGUGACAAGGUCUCUGGAUUCUGUAUUACAACAGAAGGUGAAUGUGAAGUAGGAUUCACAUCAGACUCAGUGGACAUGCCAGAAAGCUGCAACUCAUAUACUGGAUGUUACAACCUGUGUUCCGGUACAUGUCACUGUCGAGAUGGGGAAGAUGAUUGCAACCCGAUGAAUGGUUCUUGUAGCUCAGGAAGAUGCCAUCCACGAUGGACAGGGGAAAGCUGCCAAAUAGAUCGCUUUCAAUCUGCACGUGAGAAGACGAACCCUGGUAUUGCCAUGUUUUCCUGUGCUAUCUCGUUCGAUUCACCAACUAACGUUGAACCUGACUUAGUGAAAGCUACCACAGGGGAUUUCUCAAGGGACAACUGGGAAACGGCCAAAGAUCCUCCACAAAACAUCUCUUCAACAAUAAUCAAUUUCACGUUUAUCAUCCAGGAUCUUACGAAUGACAGUCCUAUUUACUGUUUCAUCGGGGACCCUUUCAAUAAAUCUUCCGAGUUUGGCUAUGUGAAGUUGGCAUCUGCUCCUUUUUAUGAGCUGCCAAUCUUAACUUCACUACCAACGUUAGUUGCAUCCGGGAAUUACUGGGUCGUCAUCUCUUGGAGACCCUGGAACAGUUCCAUCGAUUCAGGUGAUGGUCCCAUUACUAGCUACAGGGUUUACGUUCAUACUGAAGAUGGAAACGAGACACACAGUGCUACCUUACUACCAGAUGGAUCUUUGGACACUGGGUCUUCAAGAGGUAGGAGGGAAGUGACUAGUAAAGCUUUGGACUUAUUGGAGUACAACAUCACUGGUCUCGAAGACGGGACAAACUACGAGAUUCAAAUCGCGGUGAUUCGUGAAGGUCCGAAAGGAGAAGGAGAUCGAGGACCCCCUUUCAGUGUGAAGACCCAGGAGUUCUUAUGGUAA